AUGGCUAACAAGACGUCUCCGAGCAAACAGUCGACCUCUGAGAGGACGCCGCUCAUCUCAAACCCGUCCGAUGACUCCCGCCGUCAAGCGAACCCCGACGAUGCCUCAGACGACGCCGACCCCCUUCCCCCGGGCCCCUCCCGCCUCCGCGAGAUAAUCCUCUUCAUCUGGGCCCUCGUCGCCACCGCCGCCGUCAUCGUCCUCGCCGUCUGGGCGCAGCACCGCAACCAGACCGGCGGCGGCCAGUUCCGCCACCCCACCAAGCGCAACCUCAUCUUCAUGGUCUCGGACGGCAUGGGCCCCGCCUCGCUCUCCCUCACGCGCAGCUUCCGCCAGCACAUCAACGGCCUGCCCGAAGACGACGUCCUCACCCUCGACAAGCACUUCUGGGGCUCCAGCCGCACUCGCUCCUCCAACUCUCUCGUGACCGACAGUGCUGCCGGCGCCACUGCCUUCUCCUGUGGCAAGAAGAGCUACAACGGCGCCAUUUCGGUCCUGCCCGACUAUGAGCCCUGCGGAACGGUCCUCGAGGCCGCCAAGCGCGCCGGCUUCAUGACUGGCCUCGUGGUUACCACCGACAUCACCGACGCUACCCCCGCCUGCUUCGCCAGCCACGUCCUGACCCGCGCCAUGAACGACGACAUCGCCCUGCAGGAGGUCGGCGCCGGUCCCUUGGGCCGGGUUGUGGACAUCAUGCUCGGUGGCGGACGCUGCCACUUCCUCCCCAACGGUACCGAAGGCAGCUGCAGACUGGACAGCGAGGACGUUGUCGCCAAGGCGCAGGACGAGUUUGGCUGGAGCUACGCCGGCGACCGCAAGGCCUUUGACGCGCUCCAGCUCGGCGAGAAGGUCAGCUUCCCCCAGCUCGGUCUCUUCGCGCCCGGCGACAUCCCCUUCGAGCUCGACCGCCGCAACAUGAGCGACGUCUACCCCAGCCUGAGCGAGAUGGCCACCACCGCGCUGCGCGCGCUCGAGAAGGCGACGGAGAACAGCGACCACGGCUUCUUCCUCAUGAUCGAGGGUAGCAGGAUCGACCACGCCGGCCACAUCAACGACCCCGCCGCCCAGGUCCACGAGGUCCUCGAGUACGACAAGGCCUUCAAGCACGUUUCAGACUUUGUCAAGAACAGCAAGACCGAGUCUCUCCUGGUAGCCACGAGCGACCACGAAACCGGCGGCCUCGCAACCGCUCUCCAAGAGCCUGGACACCUGCCCGUAUACAACUGGUACCCUCGCCAGCUCGCCAAGGCCACCGCCUCCGCCGAGCUGCUCUCGAAGAAGUUCAUCCAGCACGUCGCGAACAACAAGGCCAAGAGCAAGGACGACCUCAAGAAGUGGGUCAACCAGGAGCUCGUCAUCCCCGGCCUCGGCAUCGAGAACGCCCACCCGGAGGAGCUCGACGCGCUGGUCAACGACCCGGGCGUGUCGGUGCAGACCUUCGCCGCCAUGAUCAGCCUGCGCGCGCACAUCGGCUGGAGCACGCACGGCCACACGGCGCUCGACGUCAACGUGUACAGCACCGGCGGCGAGGAGGCGAUGCAGAUCCGCGGCAACAUCGAGAACACCGACGUCGGCAAGUUCCUGCGCAGCUACCUCAACGUCGACGUCGACAAGAUCACGGACGAGCUGCGGGAGAAGAUGAACAUAAAGCAGUUGGGUGCCAUGAGCAUGCAGCAGCUGCCUGCCGGGGACCCCGGCAGCUGGAGCCAGGAGCAGGAGUACGCCCACCUCUUGUAA